AUGUCCCAACCGCGCGGCGCCUACGCUUCCAAUUCUCCACCUCGAACUCCUCCCUCUCAGACCGCAAAAUAUCGGCCCAAGCGUGGCUACCCUACACGUCCAUCCAUCCGCGAUGCCUUCCCCGACGCCGACAAUGCGCCCCGAGCCAGCGAGUCGGGCGACGAACGCGACCCUCAUGACUUGUCUUUGUCGCCUAAGCAUGCUGCCCGUACCUCCAUCGUAGACAACAUGCUCCUCUCGCUCGAUCAAUUCGACGGACCUGGAUCUUCAGUGUUGGACGAUUAUCGACUCUUCAACUCCGCCUUUGAAACCGAUCUACAAGGUCGAUAUCGCGGCCACACGUUCUCCUCCUCAAUGUCUUCUGAAGUGGACUUUGGCUACGAUGACGGCAGCAGCAGUCGCUAUGCGACCAUCACCGCCAAUGGUCGACGGAGUAACAGCAGUUCGAACCAUCAGACUGCCCCGAGGAGAAUGAGCAGCGCCCGCGGCCGAGAUGCAAUGGGUUCCAGAGGAGGCACCCUGCCAAGGGCCAAUGAUGUUCGCAAGGGAAGUAAAGGAAGCGCCUCGAACGCGGAUUAUUCCUAUACCAUGCCCAGAGGUCGCGCGGACUCGGAUGGCCGAGACCGGCGUUCGGAGAGUUUCGAUUGUGGGCCGAAGAAGGCUUUCAAUCCAUACACAGACCACGGCUUGGGCCAGGAUUCGCUAUUAUAUGAUGAUGAUGAUGCCGCUCCAACGCCCAGUGUGCCUGCUGGCCCACGCAAACUCUACGACUAUAGGACCCCCAACACCACUGCAUCUCGAACACCCGUGGCAUCGCGUCGAAAUAGCGUGAAAUCAUCCAAUGCCCCUCAGGUCCGAAAGAAUCGUCCAGAAAAUAUCGGUACAGGGGCCCUCAAGACCCGAGAUAACGACUUCUUUGGUGAUACGGACCUUGAUCUGCCGCCAGCCAUAUCGGCAUCAUUGGACCCGCCUGCUCCCAGUCCAACGAUAUCAUACAACAAGCCAGCUUUCCCUCCACCGGAACCGACAACCACGAGCACGACAACCACAAUCACGGCCAAUAUGAACACAUCUUCCGCCCCUACCAAUACCGCUACCACAGCGCGUCCGGGGUUCUUCCGCCGUGUGUUUGGCGGAGUAUCAAAGGCCUCGUCUCCGUCGGAAUCUCUCCGUUCUAACAUGGGCGACACUUCAUAUUUCCAGGAGAACGAGACUAAGGAUUCCACGGGUUCGAACGCCACCCUCAAAAGUCGAGAACAGCAACAGGUACAACAGCCCCAGCAGCAGCAACCUCCAAAGAGUGCAGUAGCCGCCACACCUACGCCUGCUACCCGAAGAGGUCCUCCUCAAGUGGUGAAACAAAAAUCCUCCUUCUUCCGCCGGCGUAAGAAGUCCGUGGCCGAACACGUUCCACCUCCGAUCAAGCUGCCUCAAGAGCUCUCCCCUCACAAUCUGGAUACCGCGAAACCAGAAGCUAGUCCCGUGAGCAGCUUGCGCGAGAUCAUGAAUCAAUAUCUGGAUGAACCCGGUGCACCAGCAAACGUGGAUCGCAAAGAGACCCGCAGAGAGGAACAUCGGCCUAUCGAGUCAACCUCGCUGCAGGCGCAAAAACCAAGGGAAAGUGUCUCGGCUCCUGGCGGUGGCUCCAAGCCGAAGCAGAACAUCCAACCUCCCAGCACUUCUCGUGGCCAGCAGGACUCUCGUUUGCCAUUAGAGAAUAGUCGCGGCACCAAUGAUUCUGCCCAAAAAGCAAGUGAUGUGGAGUCUAUUUCAUCCACAGAAUCCCCCUUGCAGGAAAAGAACUCUAAUGUCAACCCCGCUACCUCUCUGUCACCUGUCGCAGAGGAUUUCUCCCGCACCAUCAGGGUGUCAACAAAAAUGGCGCCACCGACGGAGCCUUCUCGUGAUAGCGUGACUGGCCCGAGGAAGUUGUCUCUGCCGUCAGACAGCAAUGCUCCCGAGUCGCCUGCUGCUUCGGAGGCAUCGCAGUAUCUAACCGCAUCGAAUACGCCAGUUAUUGAAUCAGAAGAACCCAAAGCUGCGGUUGAGGAUGACGGGAAAGAGGACACGACCAAUGGACCCGGCGAUGCCGUCGAGGAUGGCCCUACCGCAACUGAUCGAGAGCAAGCGCAGAACCUCUUCGAUAGUCAGAACCAAGUGGUCGGUAACGUGCCGGCGGCUGCUUGGCUUGGAGAGCCUGACCGGGAGAUGGUUAGGGAGGCCUAUAUGCGACUCUAUAACUGGUCGAAUAUGAACAUUCUUGCAGCCCUCCGAAGUCUCUGUCAGCGCUUGGUUCUCAAGGGAGAGACUCAACAAGUCGACAGAGUCUUGGAUGCUUUCUCAUGCAGAUGGUGUGACUGCAACCCGAGUCAUGGCUUCAAAGCUACUGAUGUUGUCCAUACUAUCUGUUACUCCCUUCUUCUGCUGAACACCGAUUUGCACUUGGCAGACAUCGAGCAGAAGAUGACGAAAUCCCAGUUCGUUCGCAAUACCAUGCCCACGAUCCAUCGCGUGGCCAUGGAUGCAGCACCAGAGGGCUUCGAGACUUUGCGGCCUCAAAAGGCUAAGACUAUGCCUACCGCCGAGUCUGCACACUCAGCACCCAACUCUGCUCGCUCGCCAACCUUCCCCCCGGAUGUCGCCCGUAACUCCGUGGAUGAUAACAACGACCGCAAUAUCACUGACGUUUACGCUGGUCCGUUGGUCAACACCCCCUUCACAGGAACCGUGCGAGCAUGGGAACAACAGGUGGAGACGGUUCUGAAAGAUUUCUAUACCUCCAUCCAGAAGGAAAGACUUCCUCUCCACGGUGCUCCACCAGAGAAGGAGGUGACUCGUAUGGCCUCGAGCAAUUUCUUGAUUCCCUCGGGUACUCUUCGCCGGAGUCCCAGCACGAUCAGCAAGAGUGGCUCGGAUAUUUUCCCCCGCGGCCGUUCAGCAGAUUCCCGCCAUGGUGCCGCGAGAUGGUCAUCCAAGCCCCGUUCGCGAGGAGCACGACUCUACCCUCCAUCUAUGAUGGGCUCCAGCCGGACUAGCCUGGACGACCAGUCCUCCGUUUGGAGUCCGACUGCGUCGAGUACCUGGAGCAAAUAUUCUUUGGGCAAGUUCACUUCAGCCUCUGUGGACUCCUUCGGCUCCGAGUAUCCUCGUGGCGAGUACCAGCAGUCCAUUGGUUUCGCCAAUGCUCUAAGCCAGGCUAUCAUCCGUGAAGAUUCUGCCACAUCCGUCUACAGCUACGAGGAGCCGACCGGCCCUCUUCUGGAAGAUGAGACUUUGGCUUUGGCCGGUGCUCCUUGGGCCAAGGAAGGCAGUGUCAAGCACAAGCACCACUUGGACGCAGUGGACAAGCGCGCCAAAGACCGCAAUUGGAACGAGUGUUUUGCUGUUAUCCAGCAGGGAUGGAUGCGGCUUUUCUCAUUCAAUAACGCGUCCAAGUCCAUGCGACAGAAAACCAAGCAACGUGGCGGCGUCGUGGUUGGAGGUGGUAACUGGACCGAGAACGCCGAAGAGAUUUGGAAGUUUAUGCUCCGUCAGACUAUUGCCAGUGCCCUUCCACCACCAGGCUACUCCAAAUCUCGCCCUCACGUAUGGGCUCUCAGCCUACCAACCGGCGCCGUCCACCUCUUCCAAGCCGGCACACCGGAGAUCGUGCGGGAGUUUGUCUCGACAGCCAACUAUUGGAGUGCGCGACUCUCCAAGGAGCCCCUGGUAGGUGGUAUCAGUAACAUCGAGUAUGGUUGGAGUGACGCCGUUAUCAACAGCGCUUUGAUCAAUGCCGAGAGCCGCUCUCCACCUCCAUCCUCUGGUGCCCCACGACCCAGCAUUCAAAGCUCCAUUCGCAGUUCCUUGGACCACCAAGGAGUUGUGCGGCCCAAGUUGCCCGCGGAUCGGGUGCACAUUAGUGACUGGAGUCCGCCACAACAGAGCAUGGUUGCCUCACACCAGUCAGAGGAAGACCAGCUCAAGGCUCUGCAGGCAUAUGUGCAGAACGUUGAAGAUGAUCUCCAGCGGCACAACGAGCUUCGACCUGCCAUGAACCUGGCCUUCUCCCCACGGCAUCCAAAUUCUGCAAAGGCGAUGGCUAACUGGGAACGGAAGUCGUCGUAUCUGCUGCGUGAGAUUGUCAAGUUCAGGACGUACAUUGAUUCCCUUCGCAACGCGAUUAACAAGAAGGGCGAGAUUUAUUCUUCGACAAAUAAUUACUACAAUUCUCCUGCGACUGGGGAUGAUGUGGACGCCGAGCAGCAAGAACCGCAGCAAGUUGCUCCUUCAACUGCUUCCACGACUGCGUAA